AUGGCAGCACAACCCCCAGCCCCGAAGCCCAAGGUGCAGCCAUGUCGAUACAAAACCGGAAAGACACUGGGCGCUGGCUCGUACUCUGUCGUCAAGGAAUGUGUGCACAUCGACACCGGUCGCUAUUAUGCGGCCAAGGUGAUCAACAAGCGUCUGAUGGCCGGACGAGAGCAUAUGGUUCGGAAUGAGAUCGCCAUAUUGAAGAGGGUGUCGAUGGGCCACCAGAAUAUCCUCACUCUGGUCGACUAUUUUGAGACUAUGAACAACUUGUAUUUGGUUACUGACCUUGCGCUUGGAGGAGAGCUUUUCGAUCGCAUCUGUCGCAAAGGCAGCUACUAUGAGUCUGACGCUGCAGAUCUCAUCCGCGCAGUCCUCUCGGCUGUGGCCUACCUACACGACCACGGGAUCGUGCAUCGAGACCUAAAGCCUGAGAACUUACUUUUCCGCACCCCGGAAGAUAAUGCGGAUCUUUUGAUUGCUGAUUUCGGAUUGUCAAGGAUCAUGGACGAAGAACAAUUUCAUGUCUUGACAACAACUUGUGGAACGCCUGGAUAUAUGGCGCCUGAGAUCUUCAAGAAGAGCGGCCAUGGCAAGCCUGUCGAUAUAUGGGCCAUCGGCGUAAUUACCUACUUCCUGCUAUGUGGAUACACACCUUUCGACCGCGACUCCAACCUUGAGGAAAUGCAAGCAAUCCUCGCAGCAGACUACUCCUUCACUCCACUGGAAUACUGGCGAGGCGUCUCACAAGAAGCCCGCAACUUCAUCAAUCGCUGUCUAACAAUCAACCCUGAGUCACGUAUGACAGCCCACGAAGCCCUACAGCACCCAUGGAUCAACCCGCCCUACGAAAAUGCCAAGGUUGGUUCUGGCGAAGACUUGCUACCAACAGUUAAGAAGAACUUCAAUGCCCGACGAACCCUGCACCGAGCCAUCGACACCGUUCGCGCGAUCAACAAGCUUCGCGAAGGCGGUGGCUUCAUGAUGGAUGGUGUGAUGAGUGUUGAUCCUAAGCCUGAGCGUGUCAAUGGUGAUGAGAUUGUCGAAGAGCAGAGCCAUGCUCCUGCUAGGGAUCCAGCACCGAUCGAUAGUCGGGGAAAUGCUCGUGGGCAGACGGAGGAGCAGAUCCGCGCCCAGGAGCGUAAGGUUAAGGAGAUGGUUGCUGGCUUGUGGAGUCGCACUCCCCGCUAG